CGAGAGUGGAGCUUCACUCUCGUCGUCGUCUCCAUCAGUCUUCUUUCUGCAGAAAAAGCGCCGCCGAGAGCCCAUACCCUCGCCGCAAUCGCCGGAUUCACACCCGACGACUGCCGACCGAUUCAGAACCAACCGCCGAAGCAUAGAUCCCUGUGGUACUUGUUGAUCUAGAUCUAGAAAAACUGGUUUCCCAAUAUCAGAAGGGCAGCUGAGGCAUAUGGAUCACGUUUCUCAUAAACCAGACGUGUCCUUGUCAGAUAUACAAAUGUUUUUCCAGUCAGCAGUACAUGGUGUCAAACCAGCAGGGUGCUAUGGGAAAUGUCUCCACUGGUGUUGUUGGCAUACAGAAACUCUCUGUACCAAGCAAGCGCAAGGCUGAGGGGGAACCGGUGGUUCCCAGCUCAUCUCCUCGGCAAUCAUCAUCGCUAGCAAACAAACGCGUUGGGCCCCAGCGUCCACAGAUGCAACCAAAAGCCAGCUCGACAUCAUCGCAGGGUCUUCUGGCACCUAAUAAGAAAGCUGCACGGAACGAAUCCUUUUCCAGUAGGAACGGCUCACAGCGUCCACAGGGACCAAAAGGACGGGCAAUUCAAGUCGACACCGUGUUGAAAAAUCAGACUGACUCCUCCAAAGCCGUGAGGUCAAAAAUGAGGGAAUCACUUGCUGGUGCACUUGCUUUGGUAUGCCAGAGAAAAGAUGAACCCUCCAAUCCAGCUAAGGGCGAGAGUGAAGAUAGAACUGGGCUACAGUCAUCAGUAGAACUGACAACUGGAUUCCCCGAGUUGGCAGUUGAAGAUAUACCGUUUAGUGAUAAUUUCUUUGUUAAAGACGAUCUCUUGCAGGGAAACGGUCUCACUUGGGUCAUGGAUCUUGAUAUGGAAAUGGGCAAGGAAAUAAAUGAAGCUGCUAAUGAUAAAGUACAAGAGAGAAAAUCUCCAGAGGACCUGGCUUUAGUUAUUGAGGAAGAACUGUUUAAGUUAUUCGGAGGUGUGAAUAAGAAAUACAAGGAAAAAGGUAGGUCUCUUCUGUUCAAUCUUAAAGAUCCUAACAAUCCAGAACUUAGAGAGAGGGUUAUGUCUGGUGAGAUUCUCCCAGAAAGGUUGUGUUCAAUGACUGCCGAGGAACUUGCUUCAAAAGAACUUUCUGAAUGGAGGACUGCGAAAGCUGAAGAGCUUGCUCAAAUGGUUGUUUUGCCUGAGAAUGAUGGUGACAUGAGACGGUUGGUUAAGAAAACACACAAAGGUGAAUAUGAAGUGGAGUAUGAAACUGACGAUAAAGCUGUUAGUAUCGCUGCAGAGAUCUCUGCUGGUGCAACGACAUCAAUCACUACACAAUUUCAACGAAAGCCCAAAGUUGCAAAGACAAAGUUAGCUUCAGAGGAUGGAGAGAGUCAAAGUUCUGCAGACAGAAUUAGUGAAAAGAAACAGGAUUUAUCAGGCAGUCUGGUUAUCCAGACUGAUGAGACUGAUUUAAUGCAAGGAAUGAUGGUGGAUGAGUUCAAGGAAGCAGAUUUUCUUUCUCCCAUUGUUACCCUUGAUGAAUUUAUGGAGUCCCUUGAUUCAGAACCUCCAUUUGAGAACUUGCCUGCUGUAGAUGAUGCCACAAAAAAACUUCCAGUUACUGAAUCAACUUCGGAAGGACCUAAUAAUGCUCUUUUGGAAGACGAGGAUGGUAAAGUGAUCGAAAAUCAGGCCGAGGCAGUCAAAAAACAAAUUGAUCCACAGCCAGAUGUUAAAUCUAUUUCAAAUUUAACUGCAAAAAACGAAUUGCCAACUGGGAAUGCAACUUCAGUUAAUUCUAUUUGGGAAGGGGCACUUCAACUGAGUAUUUCAACUGCAGUUGCGGUUAUGUGCUGUUUUAGAAGCGGUGAAAGAACAUCGACUAAGGACUGGAAGAAUCCCCUUGAAAUCAAGGGUAGAGUCCGACUUGAUGCAUUUGAAAAAUUCAUUCAGCAGCUCCCGAUGUCACGGAGUCGCGCAGUCAUGGUGGUUCAGUUUCUACUCGAGGACGCCUCGUCGGACGAUGACCGGAGAUGUCUUUCUGAGGCAGUGGAUUCUUACGUUUCCGAUGGGAGGGUGGGAUUUGCAGAGCCGGCUCCGGGAGCGGAGCUCUACCUUUGUCCUCCGCGGGGGCGGGCACUCGAAAUGCUGACCAAUCACCUCUCCAAGGACUUCUCCGAACUGCAUGGUUCCAUUGACGAUAAUACCCUUGUCGGGGUUGUCGUGUGGCGAAGGCAUCAUCAUCAUCCUCCUCCUCACCACCACCUUCAUCGUUUGACGUCAACCGUUUCACUAGACCCCAAACAACAACAUACCCAACAACCCGUUGCGCAGUCAUCUAGGAGACCGCACGAACGAGAUUCUGAUAAUUUCCCGCCGAUAGUGUCUUCGAGACCUCCGCCUACCCCGUUGCCCGCUACGAAGGAUGACGACGACGAUGACGAUAUCCCGCCCGGGUUUGGGCCGCCCAAAGGCGGUUCUCGUGAUGACGAUGACUUGCCGGAGUUUAAUUUCUCCGGGAACACGUCUUCGAUGAGACACCCGCACCCCUACCCCCGUGCCGCGGCACCCCUAUCAGAUCAAAUGAGACAACUUGUACACAUGUAUGGCAGAACUGAUAUUAAGAAUAUUAAUAACAGCAAUAACAUUAAUAAACCGCCUACUGAUAUUGGAAUCGAACCAUGGAACGACGAUGACGAUGAUGACAUCCCGGAGUGGCAGCCGGCCCCGCCACCGCCGGUACCCGGUUCCGGGAUUCAUCUCCCGCCACCCUUGCAACAACCCCAUAGUUUAAGUCACCCAAGAAUGCAAAACCCACACCAUGUCCCAAACAUGUCCCCAAGAUGGCCUCCAGUUUCUCCGGGAACCUUCGGAAACCAGCAGCAGCAUUAUGGGGCGGCAGUUGGGCGGCCGCCGGGCGGGGAUUACAGAAGGGAUAACAGACAUCCGAGCUUAUUUCUUCUUCCAGACUUCCAGAUCCGAGCUUGGCAGCGGGCGGCAGCGAUGGUGGCGACGGCGAUUGUGUUAGCGGGGAUGAUGGGCUAUGGCGGUAAUGGUGGGACUGGAGCAAUUAUGGUGGAGGGGGAUGGUGGAGAUGGUCAGAGAAUGGAUCGAUGGUGGAGCUGAUGGACACGGCAGGGCUAGCGGCGAGGAGGAGAGGGGCUACGGUGGAAGCGGUGGUGGGGACUUGAUGGUGGCAGGGGCAAGGCUGGGAAAGGAAGGAGAGGGGGGUAUUUUAGAGAAAUUACACCCUUAGUCAACAUCCACUAAAAAUGAGGAAAAGUCAAAAUAGAAAGUUUAUUACCGGACGGAGGAAGUAAUGUUUAUGCGUACUAAUUUACUACGCACUCAAUAUGAACUUUUUUUCAUGGGAUCAUUUCAGGGAUACACUAAAGGUGUAUUCCAUUU